AACAGCUAUAAACCCUAGUCAUGUAAUGGGGCGCAAACGUGAUUUCCAAAUGGACACGUGUCAGCAGCUUAAUACCUGAGCCUUUUCUCUCGCCGUGAAAUAACAGGAACGAGAAUUUCGCAAACUUCUCCCAUUUUUUCACUUUUCCUCUUCUUCUUCUUCUUCUUCGUUCACUGUUUUAUCUAUAAAACCCUUUUUCUUCUACAAUUUCAAACCCAAAAAAACAGAGAGAGAUAUGGAACAGAGUAGUAGCGAUUGGUUAGAAAGUGAAAUUGAAAGUGCUGAAAUUCUUGCUAACUUGCAUCACACUUUCUCUUUGUUCAGUCAUGUACCAUACUCAUGGAGGUGUAGAAAGAAGAGAUCUGCAAUUCGUAAUACACCUCCUUCUAAUGGCGGCGCCACCACCACCGUUGUUCCUCCACCUCCUCCUUCUGACACCGUUAAAGUCAAAGCUUCAAGUCCAACAACCCCUCAUUCGUUUCCAGCCACUGAAUCAGAUGACAAGAUUAAACAUUCGGAAAGAAGAACUUCUCUCAAAAGGAAGAAAGAGUAUUAUCUUAAUGUUAUUGAAGAUUUGACCAAAACUAAACACUCUAUCAAUCAAGAGAUUGCAAAAGUGAAAUGUGAUUAUGAACAAUUGAAGUUACUCAAUUCCAAAUUGAAAGCAAAGGGGGAAGAGCUAAAUAUUAAUGGUCCCAAAGGUGAAUACAGAAACCCCAAUUUAGAAAUUAAUAACCCAAUGAAAUUGAAUGAUAUCAUCAAAAAUUCAGUCAAUACUUCCAAUUCCACUACUCAAAAUACAGAGCAAAAGAAGCAAAUGCCCAAUCAUGAUGCCAAAAAAUUUGGGCCGGGUUCAACGACGUCGUUUGGAGUGGCAUCCUCAUCAUCUUCAUUGGGCCGAAAGAUCGAUAAUAUGGGCCCAUUAUCAAUUCCUGAUUUGAACUUAUCAUUUGAAGCAAAUAUAGAUUUGAGUAAAGUAAGAGCAGCUCAAGCAAGACAGAGAAGGAUUCAGAUUUUGAGGCUCAAGAAACCUGUGGGAAAUAAUGCUAAACAACACCAAUCUUCUAGAUAGCACUGACAUACCCGAGGUGUUACAAAGCAAACAACUUUGUUUUAGGGUUUUUUCUUAAAUCUGUCUAGGAGAAUUAUAUAUGGAUAUUCAAUAUAAAUAUUUCUUGAUUAGAAAAUUCUUGGGACGUUGGACCGAGAUUGCAAUAUAUAUACUACAUUAGCAAACCGGUUGGAUCUUGGUCAAUAAAAUAAUUUUGGAAAUAAUACAUCUGUUUAUUUGUUUAGUAAUGUUGGGAUUUCUAGCUUUGUGAAUAAUGAUUUAUUUUUACAAAAAAAUAAACUGUUGAUUUAUACAUAUUGAUAAUUUGUUUGUUUAUUGUUAAAAAAACUUAUUUGAGUUUGUUAUUAAUAUAUGAAUGGAUUAAAUACACGUUGGCAAGAAUUACGCCUCGGUUAUUCACCUAGAGGUAAUUAAAAUAAUUUAGAUAAAAUUUAUUGUUUAACUAAAAAAUAAAAAUAAUUGUUAUAACGAUGGAGUGACACCUAAAUUUAAUG